AUAUAUACCAACCAUCAUCCGAAGCUGUGCUAGAAGCCUUAAAAAAGUUAAAAGAUAGUAAUAAGGCAGAUAUUAUAUCUUCUGAUCCUUUUCUUCAUUUACGUGAAAUACCUUCUAGCCAGAAUUCAGAUAAUGAGAAAUCUUCACAUGAUGAUACUUCUACCUUUGGUAGUCUCAUGUAA